AUGCUGCACGCGGCGACCGCGGGCGUCGUCGUUCCCGCGGCGUCGCGGUCGCGCGGCGUCGCGAGGCGGACGUCCGUCUCUCGUGGUGUGCCCGAUGCGAACGUGAAAUGCCAUGGCGCGAGGCUGGGGCACGGCCGGACCGGGCUCGGACCCCGACACGUUUGCGGCGGUGCGAGGGGUAGGGUUGGUUUCGGCGUGCGCGGCGGUGACCGGGUCGCCGCCGUGAACGGCGCGGGCGGCGCGCUCGAGGCGAGGCGCUCGCGCGAACCGAAGCGAACCCGCCGGGUUCGCGCGGACGCCGCCGCGGCCGACGCCGGCUCAUCGGACUCGGGCAUCGUCAAGCCCAAGGUGUCCAUGGGUAAGCUCCAGCUCCGAAUCGCCUCCGGGGUCACGCUCGCGAUGGCUGGCCUCGGCGCCAUCAUCUUCGGCGGUUGGAUAUGGGCCAUCGUCAUGUCGCUCACCGCGACGCUGUCCGCCAGGGAGUACUUUCAGAUGAUCGAGACCAUGCCGUCCGAGCUCCCGCACCCGCCGCCCAAGUGGGCUCUGGACAUGUCCAUCGUCAUGUGCGCGCUGUUCAUCCCCGUCGUGUACCUGGCGGGCGCCAAGCAGGGGCACAUCACCAUGGCGGUGCUGGGCGCGUUUGCCGCCGUCGGCCUUCGACUGAUCCAGGUGGAGUCCGAGCCGCACUUCUCCAAGUUCACGAGCACCCUCUUCGGUAUCAUCUACUGCGGCGCUCUUCCCGCGUUCUGGGUCAAGCUCCGCAUGCUCAACUUCUCCGCGGCGUCCACCGCCAUCUACCAGAGCCUCCAGAGCUCGAGGAGCGCCUUUGUCAACUCGUGGCCGUCCGCGCUGGGGGGUCCGGAGGCUUGGACCACCGGCCUGAUCGUCACCGUCAUCUGCGUCGCGUGCAUCAUCGCGAGCGACGUCGGCGCGUACGCGUUCGGGAAGACCUUCGGCAAGCACAGGCUCAUCGCCGUGUCGCCCAACAAGACGGUCGAGGGCGCGCUCGGGGGACUGACUUGCACCAUGGCCACCGCGUACGGUUUGCGAUGGCUCCUGGGCUGGCACGCCGGUCCGGUGCAGACGCUGGUGCUGGGCGCCGUGAUCUUCGUCGCGGCGGUGGCGGGCGAUCUGAUGGAGAGCGUGAUGAAGCGCAACGCGGGGAUGAAGGACAGCGGGGAUAUCAUCCCGGGACACGGGGGGUUCCUGGACAGGUUCGACUCGUACAUGUUCACGGGCAUCGCGGCGUACUUUUACGUCGUCACGGUGAUGCCCCACUGGUUCCUGGGCAUGACGCUCUGAGGAUUAAUCGAUCGAUCGAUGCAUGUACGGGAGAAACUGCCCCAUAUCGUUUGUGUUGUGCGUUAUUGUUAGAGUGUACGGGUCGACCCAUACCAGUUUAUCAUGUCAUCCACUGAAUACGUUG